CUCCUUUGUGUCCUCCCAUUCCUAGCUUGCUUAAUUUGCUUCAGAAUUUAGAGAAGGAAUUGCAGCUGCAAAGUCUGUGAAAAACUUUUUAAGCCUACAGAUACUUCUUCUGACAUUAGAAUUUGUUGUUAUUUUGCCAGGAAACACUAAAUCCAGAUGUUGGACCAUGCCAGAAAUCUGGUUAAGGGAAUGGAUCGUUUCACCCAGAACGAUGAUGUGGCUUCUGAUUCUGGUGGCCUAUUUGUUCCAAAGCAACGUGAAUUCAGGACGUCUGCCGACUAAAGCUGUGGAUCCAGAAGCAUUCAUGAAUGUUAGUGAAAUCAUCCGACAUCAAGGCUAUCCCUGUGAGGAGUAUGAAGUCACAACUGAAGAUGGGUAUAUCCUUUCUGUGAACAGAAUUCCUGGAGGACCAGGGCAACCUAAGACAGGGUCCCGGCCUGUGGUGUUACUGCAGCACGGCCUGGUUGGAGAUGCCAGCAACUGGAUUUCCAACCUGCCCAACAAUAGCCUGGGCUUCAUUCUGGCAGAUGCCGGUUUUGAUGUGUGGAUGGGAAACAGCCGGGGAAACACCUGGUCUCGGAAACACAAGACUCUCUCCGUAGAACAAGAUGAGUUCUGGGCUUUUAGUUAUGAUGAGAUGGCUAGGUUUGACCUUCCUGCAGUGAUAAACUUUAUUUUGCAGAAAACGGGCCAGGAAAAGAUCUAUUAUGUCGGCUAUUCACAGGGCACCACCAUGGGCUUUAUUGCAUUUUCUACCAUGCCUGAGCUGGCUCAGAAAAUCAAAAUGUAUUUUGCUUUAGCACCGAUAGCCACUGUUAAAUAUGCAAAGAGUCCUGGGGCCAAAUUUUUGUUGCUGCCAGAUAUGAUGCUCAAGGGAUUGUUCGGCAAAAAAGAAUUUCUGUACCAGACGAGAUUCCUCAGGCAGUUUGUUAUUUACCUUUGUGGCCAGGUGAUUCUCGAUCAGAUUUGUAGUAACGUCAUGUUACUUCUGGGUGGAUUUAACACCAACAACAUGAACAUGAGCCGAGCAAAUGUAUACGUUGCCCACAAUCCUGCCGGAACAUCUGUGCAAAAUAUUCUACACUGGAGCCAGGCAGUGAAUUCUGGGGAACUCCGUGCAUUUGACUGGGGAAGUGAGACCAAAAAUCUGGAGAAAGGCAAUCAGCCAACUCCUAUAAGGUACAAAGUUAGAGAUAUGACAGUCCCUACAGCGAUGUGGACGGGAGGACAGGACUGGCUUUCAAGUCCAGAAGACGUCAAAACACUGCUCUCUGAAAUGACCAACCUCAUCUACCAUAAGAACCUUCCUGAAUGGGCCCACGUGGAUUUCAUCUGGGGCUUGGAUGCUCCUCACCGCGUGUACAAUGAAAUCAUACAUCUGAUGAAGCAGGAGGAGCACAGCCUUUCCCGGGGAGUGUGCGAGGUCCUAUUGUGAAACAUCUGAUACUGACAAGCCUUGGGAACACUGCCGUGCAUGAUGGG